UUCUCAAAGACAGCAGACGGGAGAAGACCCCUGUGCAGAAAACCGUGUUGAUUCACAAUAUACUUACUUGUUGAUUAUUUCCAGUAAAAUAGGCGGGUGACAUGGUAGGCGGACUAAAUCAGUGUAUAGGUUCCCUUAUCUAACCAUGUCCAAGGCGGAUGAGAUCCAGAGUGCCACGGAGGCAACACCGCUUGAAACCGAAUGGGUCAAAAACCGUUGCCGGGAAUAGGCUAAUAAACCAAUGACGUUUCCUCCUUUUUCCUCUUGGAUUGAAUGUUUUCAUCUCUGCCUCUCGCUGCCGUCGGAUGAGCCAUCCUAAAGUUAAGAUUCACAAGCGUUAAUGUAGACCAUAAUUUACCCCCGCACGGAUCUUGCCUGUUGGACCAAUUGGAGCUCGGUGGAACUCUUCACAGUUCAAAAUGGAGAAAUCCUCAAUGGGAUUGACUAAGACUGGCUCGCGGUCGACCGCAUCUCUCCCCCCGGAACCGGUGGACAUCAUCCGCAGCAAGUCAUGUUACCGGCGAGUACGGCUCAACGUUGGGGGGCUUCCACACGAGGUCCUCUGGAGAACGUUGGAUAGAUUACCGCGCACCCGGUUAGGGAAACUACGAGACUGCAACACCCACGACUCGCUCAUGGAGGUAUGUGACGACUACAACUUGGACGAAAAUGAGUACUUUUUCGACCGGCACCCGGGGGCGUUCACGUCCAUUCUGAACUUCUACCGGACCGGUAAGCUCCACAUGAUGGAGGAGAUGUGCGCCCUGUCAUUCAGUCAGGAGCUGGACUACUGGGGUAUAGAUGAGAUCUACCUGGAGUCCUGCUGCCAGGCCAGGUACCACCAGAAGAAAGAACAGAUGAACGAGGAGCUCAAAAGAGAGCAAGACACCUUGAACGACAGAGAAGGAGAAGAGUUUGACAACACCUGUUGUGCCGAGAAACGAAAGAAACUCUGGGACCUUCUAGAAAAGCCCAGUUCGUCCAUCGCAGCCAAGAUCCUAGCCAUCAUAUCCAUCCUGUUUAUCGGGCUGUCCACCAUCGCCCUGUCCCUCAACACCCUGCCUGAGCUGCAGGACACAGACGAGUUUGGCCACGCCUCAGACAACCCCCAGCUGGCCCACGUAGAGGCCGUCUGCAUCGCCUGGUUCACUAUGGAGUACCUCCUCCGCUUCCUCUCAUCGCCCACCAAAUGGAAGUUUAUCAAAGGUCCCCUAAACGUGAUCGACCUGCUGGCCAUCCUUCCUUAUUAUGUCACAAUCUUCCUGACCGAGUCCAACAAGAGUGUUCUACAGUUCCAGAACGUCCGGAGGGUGGUUCAGAUAUUCCGGAUCAUGCGUAUCCUUAGGAUUCUGAAGCUGGCUCGUCACUCCACGGGGCUGCAGUCUCUAGGUUUCACCCUGAAGAGGAGUUACAAUGAGCUGGGUCUACUCAUCCUCUUCCUGGCCAUGGGCAUCAUGAUCUUCUCCAGCCUCGUCUUCUUCGCUGAGAAGGACGAGGAUGACACCAAGUUCAAAAGCAUCCCGGCCUCCUUCUGGUGGGCCACCAUUACUAUGACCACGGUGGGUUAUGGGGACAUUUACCCUAAGACUCUGCUGGGGAAGAUUGUGGGUGGUCUCUGUUGCAUCGCAGGGGUGCUGGUGAUCGCCUUGCCUAUUCCCAUCAUCGUCAACAACUUCUCUGAGUUCUACAAGGAGCAGAAGCGCCAGGAGAAAGCUGUGAAGCGGCGGGAGGCACUGGAGAGGGCGAAACGCAACGGGAGCAUCGUCUCUAUGAACAUGAAGGAGGCAUUCGCCCGCAGCGCCGAGUUGAUGGACGUGGUGGUGGAGAAGAGCGAGAGGCCGCUAACGCAAGACAACCACCUCUCGCCCAGCCACUGGAAGUGGACACCCAAGCGGGCCACCACCGCCUCCGAGACCAGCUCGGCCCACUCCUUCAACCCUGUGGAGUCACAGACGGGUUCCCCCAGCAAGGCCAGGGCCUCCAGUCCUCAGGGGCUCAAUGCUCAGAAUCUGGAGGAGAUGUAUAACCAAAUGGCCAAGACCCAGUCACAGCCCAACCUCAACGCCAAAGACAAGAGCUCCAGGGCUGGCAGGCAGAGGGAUAGGGAUGAGAUGGAGCUGGGGACCAUCCCUGGGGGUCCAGGGGACCCUAUGCUAGGGGGCCGAGAGGGGGUGGGGGACAUGAAGAGCCUGUCUAGUAUUGACAGCUACAUCAGCUGUGCUGCAGACUUCCAGGAGAAUCCACGUGUUGUCUACGCCCAUAGUCCAGCCUCCGGCCUGGCCCUCCUGGCCCAGGAGACCAGCCGCUUCUCCCACAUCAGCCCAGUCACGGCCCUCUCUGGGCGGGUCAGCACCAACCCUGGCCUCCAGACAACACUGGAGCAUGAGCCCUUGCUGGAUCCACUCUCUGCUGUGAAGGCCGCAGGUUCUGGCAACACUCGUCACUUUAAUAACCCUCUGAAAGGUGGCGGCCUUUCCUACAAGGUGAACUACCGGAGCAGUGGAGGGGAAUCAGUGCCAGGACCAGGACCAGGCCCUUCCCCCAGCAGCGGUGGUCCUCUCUCAGACAGUUCCGUCCUGUCUGACCACUCCCUGCUCAGCCCAGAGACGUCCAUCUACACCACGGCCAGCAGCAGGACCCCUACCAAGUCCCCUGACAGCUCCACCCUGACCACGGUCCUGACCUCCACACCGGCCGUCUUCACUUUCCACGACUCCUCCAUCAGUAAGUACAUUGACGCCGACACAGACGAAGACGAGCACCUACGGGACAUGUCGGAGGCCACCAGCCCUUCAGAGCGCCUGCUGGCCGGCUCCAGUCCCCCCAAACGCAACAGAAACAUCAACAGCGGCUACAACCAGAGAGGCAUCAACCACCUGGCACCAAGCACCACCCAGCGGAUGCUGGGGCAGAACUGCCUAUUCCCCGGCCUGGAUGGGGGGACGCGGGGGAGCGGGGGCCACACGGAGAACCAUGUGGUUCCGGAGCUGCCCCGCAGGCACAAAGGGGACAGAGGAAAGUCUAGUACCAUCGACAAGAGUCUCUGAGCUACAGAGAUAGGGCAGAGUAGAGGAUAGCAUGGCCAGCGUUAAGGGAGCUGGAGCAAGGAAGACUUACGUCAGGGACAUCCAGUGAAACACGGACAAGGUGCUGUGUGGAAGGCAGAGAAAGUGAUAGAGAGAGAGAAAGAAAGAGAGAGAAGGAAAGAGACACUGUGCAGAAUCCCUUUACAAACUGACAGAAAGGGCCAGGAAGUGAGAGAGAUUCAGGGCAGCGUUUGGGCUUUGGUGUGGUAUUGAAUACUCUGGGAAUAGACUUGUAGGAUAGAUAAAGAACACCACUCUCCCUCCUCUCCCUCCCUUCCUGUUAGCCACAGUACACUAGCUACCACAGAACUGGGCAAAGAACUCCCACAAACCCAAAUGAGCAGGGGCCCCACAGGGAGACGUGGGAGCAGGUCAAAGCAAAGCAUGCUGGGAAGGGACAUGGUCUGUUGGUUGGUUGAAGCUGUGGUGGUCCAAUUCAGCGGUGAGGCAGGAUGAGGGGGGAGGCAGGAAACAGCAAGACAGUCAUCCCCUAUAUUCUCCUACAGGUCUAUCUAUCUCAGCUGACCACUGUCCCAUUCCACCCUGAGCCCCAGCCCAGCUCACACUGUAGUAAACUACACUCUUAGAAAAAAGGGUUCCAAAAGGGUUCUUUGGCUUUCACCAUAAGAGAACCCUUUUUGGCUCCAGGUAAAAAACCUUUUUUGUUCCAAGUAGAACCAUUUUGGGUUCCAUGUAGAACCCUCUAUGGAAAGGGUUCUACAUGGAACCCAAAAUGGUUAUAUU